UAUCGGGAUGGGUUGGCCCACCUCCAAAGCCGGCAAAACAAAAACAUACUUUCCUACAGUUUCUUGAAUAUUCCAUGGAAUAAUUUUGAUUCUACAUGAGAUCCAUGAGCCAACCCAACAAUGGAAGAUAGCAACGAAGAGAUUGAACCAUGCCGUAGUGUUGGGCCCCACGAGUUGGACGUGGUGAAGAGCCAGGCGGUGAUUAAGCUGUCUCCUGUGCAGCUGCCCGCCCACUUCAAGCGGCUGGAGUGCAACACCAACUUGAACUUGCCGCCGCUUAACUGGCUGACCACUUCGCAUAGUAGCCAUGGUCUUCACCAGGCUCUGUACCAGAGUGCCGGAUUUGCCAGCUUUCGAUUGGGCCAGAUGUUUCCAGACUGCGUGGGAGAAGUGGAUGUAGUCAGCGAUGCAGAAAACAUCAAACAGCUGUUGAAGCUGCCCUACAGCGCCCAGAGCGCCAUUAGCAUGGUGGUGCAUAAGGUGGGAAACACGCUGCUUCUCGACGAGUUCGAUAUUCAGAAAUAUCUGCUGCGGAAGGCGGACGACGACUGGAAGUGGCUGCGUACCUUCAUCCUGGAGCACAUACUGACCUACGGUGAUAAGCGACCGAAUUACUGCCUGAAGGAGCGAUCUCGAGAGGCACUCCAGACUAAGAAUUUACUCUCCAAGUUCCUGUACCACAGUCUCAAGCAAAAUGCCGGGGACCCUGAGCACGAGAUGACUCCUACGCCCACGCAGCUUACCAGUCGGCGUCAGGGCUUGCCCAUAACUGGGCCCGUUCUGCCCGAGCCGAAGAUCGAGGAGAAUGUGCCAGAUCCGAAGUCGAGCCAUGCCUUUAACAGGAACGUGGUGUGGACUUUUGAGGACAUUCGCAUGCUUAUUGGAACAGACAUGCCCAUCUUUGGCGGCCCCAACAGACCCUGUAUUAGCUUGAGGCUAAGAGAUGCUGCCCAGCCCAUAAAUGUACUCACCGGAAUCGAUUACUGGUUGGACAACCUCAUGUGCAACGUUCCUGAGGUGGUGAUGUGCUAUCACCUGGAUGGAAUUGUGCAAAAGUACGAGAUCAUCAAGACUGAGGACUUGCCGUAUCUGGAGAACUCGCAGUUUUCGCCCCAAGUGGUGCGGAACGUGGCGCAGAACAUCUUGGCCUUUUUGAAAGCGAAUGCCACGAAGGCGGGUCAUACUUACUGGCUCUUCAAAGGCCGCAACGAUGACGUGGUGAAGCUGUACGACCUGACCACUCUCUGCCAGAGCCAAUCCGAAAAGAAUGAAAACAAUCCGCCGCAGCAGCAGGUUAAUCCGUUUACCGUGCCGGUUGGCAUGCUUCUGUAUUCCGUGGCCAGGAACAUGAAGAACAGUCUUCCCAAGAUAAGUCCUAAGGCUGCGGGAAAUAUUAGAGCCCUGUUGGACAAUUGCAUCAAGUUGCUGCCCAAGGAGCAGUACCCACAGAUUGUAAGCUCCUCGCACUAUAUACUGUCGGAUCUACACGUGCCUGCCGGGAUUGAUCCCAAGGCUCCCAAGUUUGAGGAGCUGGACUCCGACGAGCAAUCUCUCUACGACGAUGACGAGGAGGACGAAGAGGACUAUGACGAUGAUCUAUUGGACUACCCAAGUGAUAAGAACUACCAGAGCAGCGAGCAAGGGGGUGGCAGAGCCAAUGUUGCCGUGCGACACAUAUGUGAUGCUCUGCGGGACUUUAAAUCGAACGCCAAGAAGUCCCAGCCAGCACCUCUGCUGGCCAACACCUCGGAGAGGUGCAGCAUCUCCUUGGAGCACAUUAGUGCAGGACUAUCCUGCCUGCAGUACUUCAAUGGAAGUCAGGAGGAGAAGCUCAAGGAGACGGAGACUCAUGCCAAGCAGGAGGAGAAACGACGGAUUCUACACGAAGAGCAGAAUCCCAACAUGGCCAAGCCUUUCAGUGCCAUUCCACUGCCCUAUGAGCAACUGAAGCAGACACAACACCAGCCUCAGCCUUCUCCGAUCAACACCAAGAAAACGAAGAAUAAGGGAAGCAAGACCAAGGAGCUGGCAAAGACCCCCAGCACUGCUAGCAACCAGCAGCUAAGCGCCAAGUUCAACACCCAACACUUUGGCUCUUGGAAUGUCCACUUGAAGCUCCUGCUUCUGGAAAAGGCCUGCCUAACAUUCGCCACCUUGGCGGAACACAAUUACGAGACCCACAGCUACGGGAGUACUCUGCGGUCUAUCGAGCUGGCCUGCCGAUGCCAACAGGUGCUGAACAAGUACAUGGCCAACGUGGUUUCGCAGCAGAGUUGCUUGCUCGGCCGGGCAGGAGACUGCUUCUUCCAGAUGUCCAAGCACUGGGAGGCCAUCGAUGAGUAUGUCAAGCAGUUCGAAGAGGUGGACGGUCCGAUGCGUACCAUAAAUGAUGAGCUCACCAUGGAGUUGGAUGGCGAGGAGGAGGAUGCGUUGCCUACAUUGGCACCCGUGAAAAACGUGGAGCAGGUGAUGCUGCUGAGCUGUAAGUGCUAUGAGCAGGCCCUGGAACAUGCCAAGAAAACGGAGAGCAACGAACUGCUCAGGAGACUGGGAAACGUACGAAACGAACUCGGUCUCAAGUACAUGUACUGGGCUCAGGAGGAGUACAGCGACAUGAUGAAGAAAAAGGAUGAAACUAAAGCCAGCGAGGAUUCGAGUCCAAGCAGCGAGCCUCUCUAUGUGAAACUGACUGUCAAUUCUUAUGAUUGCCUGCGACGCGGCAUUGAAGCCUUCACUGCCGUGCAGGAUAAUGUUAACCUGGCCUUUCUCUACUGCAACAUGGGCAGGUUUAUGCGCCUGCGGGCUCACCUCACCAUGCCUAAUGAAAGUGCCAUUGCCUUAGACACCCAAAAAGCCUUCUAUAACGAGGCCUUCAACUUUUACGAAAAGGCCAAAGAUUGCCUAGACACCCGAAAGGCAAAUGCCGAGCUCUGGGACCUUGUCCAAUGGGAACUAUCCACUGCCACUUUUACCCUAGCCAAACAGCUGCAGGACUACAGUGCUGCCGAUAAAUCCACUCUGGUGGAAGCCUCCAAAGAGGUGCUUGAGCUCUUACAGAAAUCGCUUAAGUUGUGCGACGUGGAGCAUGCUGGAGCACGGCAAGUGCUCUACAGUUUUCGAUCUGGUCUGAUACACAAGAGAAUCGCCUCUUUCCAUUAUGCCCAGCUGCGUUCUUAUGGCAACUGUGAGUUUUCCCAGCUGCCCAAACCUACUCUGCAACUCUGCAAAUAUCACUAUGAAAAGGCCACUCAGAUACUGGAGGCUUUGAAGGAGGUGGGUGACCUUUUGGUGGUGCAGCUGGAGAGGAUUUCCCUGCAUGAGUUUCUUGCAGAACUUUCCACACACCCCGCUCAAAAGAUCAAGCAAAUGCAAGCGGCUUUGGACAUUUGCAUGCAGUGCCAAGUCAUUUUUAAACACGUCAUCGACUCUAACCAGGUGGCCCAGAACGAUGACGAGUUUGCCGGCCAUUUGACGCUUUUUGAGAGCCGUUUGCAGAAUGCUCUGAAGACGCUCACCAAACUGCUGCUGACCGGCAAGGACCCGAAACAGCUGUCCAAGCUGUACAAGCGCAUGUAUAUGGAAACCUUGACUGGGAAACAAGGGACAGGGGCCCAGAAAGUAGAAGCAGCCGGCGUCGAGCAUUUGCACACGCUUCUGGCCCGGCUGCGUACCAUGUGCGACACUCAACUGGCCAGCGAUUAGUACGUGUCUUUGGCGGAUUUCACCCAAUAUAGCAAAGAGCCGAGAGAGGCAUUGGUUUUUUAAAAAAAUUCAGUGCAUUGCUCGUCGCUUGUUUAUUGAUGUUCUGGUGAAUUUCUUCAGAUGAUGUCUCAUCUCGUUCAUCCUCGCCUCCCGCACCCGCAGUCUUCGCUUCCCAGAUGCUCCGCUCCGAUCUGCAAUACAACCAGCACCAGCAGCACAGCCGUCUGUAGGAUCUGGAAAAAUUCGAAGCCACCAAUCACAUAACCAAUCAACCAGAUAGUCCCAUCUCAGCCAAUCUCACCUUGCAGCGCAGACUCUCCAUUUUGUGGUUUUCUGUGUUCUGGGACCCAACAGUUCGGCUCUUAUAAAGUCUGAGGGCCCUGGCCCAAACGUGUCGCUCAUCUAGAUUAAUGGCCAAAUAUCUAGUGCCACAAUUACUGCUGGAUGCUCAGAUGGCCAUUGCUCUUAACUGUUGCGGUUUCAUCGAAGUCUUUCUCUUGGGCCACGCCUAACAUGGCAUCGUAAAUGCUGUUAAUAUUUAAUAUUUAUCGUUCGUUUGCUAGUUCAAGUUCCCAGUUUCCUGUACCCCCUACAAGUAUACAUUUUUACUUAAUUCAUAAGAGUAAUUAUAACCAAACGCUUAAGAAUA